AUGCCAUCCAACAAUCCCCAAGCAAUGCUGAUCCUCCUUGCGAUCAUCCACGAUGAGAAGCGCUUCAUCCCGGAUAAGGUCUGUGUCAUCCAGCUCUAUGGUCUUUUGGCACAUGCUCGACAAUUUGGUCUCACAGGGAGUUUGGGCCCGCACCUCCAAGAUUGGAUGCCCACAGAGAAAGAAAGAACCGACUCGCCUGACAAGGAAUACAUUGCCUGGAUCGCUUGGGAGAUCGGCGCGAAAGAAAUAUACAACGAAAUGGUCAAUCACCUAGGCUCUAUGUGCUCCGGUGAUGGGAAAGGUGGCAUCCGGUGGCCAGAGACACCCGACCCUAUAGAGAAAUUUCUUGCCGAAGCGAGAAUUAUUGAGGACAUAGCAAAGGUCCGAAAUCGACUCCUAGGUUUCAUGUUCACAGAGCUUAGAAAGAUCAUGAAAUUUGGCGAGAAUGAUAGCAAACACUGCCUUGAAAUCGAGCCCACAGACAGUAAUCUAAAUCACGAUCCAUGCACAGGCCUCAUCCGAACAAUGAUGACUGCAGAGUCCUUGACCACCAUCUGGGGAGAGCAAGGUUUCGAUGUUGCUCUUCUAUUCGAUCAGGAUGUAUCGAAACAUCCGGAUUAUUCAGGCAGUGCCACAGAAUUACGAAACACACUCUUGAGUGUGGAGGUCAAUUAUGAUGAGUUACAUGACCAUUGCAAUCCUUUUGAAGGAAUGAAAAGAAAGUUGGGAGACGAAUCUUACUUGGAACAUCUAGACCUUGUUUCAACGCAAGAGAAAUUGGACCAAUUUCAAGCGCGAGCUCAAAUAUCGGGAUGGAAGCCACAGUAG